AGCAACAGUUUUGGAACAAGUUUUGCUGUUGAGGCAGUUUUCUCAUAUCCAGCUCCAGCAGAUUGCUGCAGCUGUGCUUUUAGGUCCUGGGGAAGUCAGGCCAAGCGGGGCAGUGGUGUGUCUGGAGGACUUGUCGUUGUGCCAUGUAAAUAUGGCUCACGGGCUGUUAGACACCUAAUUUUCUCACAGGAGUAGUUUCUUUGGCUCCUUACUUCCAGCUUUCACUGUUUGCCUCUCCCUGUUUUCUUCCAAAGUCCUGUCUGGCCUAUUAUAUUUAAAAACAAACAAAAAACCCAACCCACUCAAGUGCUGCAAGGCUUCUUGUUUCUGACAAACAAGGGCAGCACACUUGAAAACACUGUCUGAAUAAUGGAGGCUAGUUUUAGCUAGUUUUUAAGUUCCGUCUGGGAGGCAUGAGUUGCUUUGCAGAGCUAUCGUGCUGUCUGUGCGUGACUUCAUUCCAAGAAGUGCUACUUACGGCUCCAGAGGACCCCGUUGUGCAAGACAUGUUCUCAGGUGUAGUUGCAAUAUCAGGCAGUGAAACAGAGGAUGAUGACACUAUGGAUGUCCCACUGGAUCUUUCCUCAUCUGCUGGCUCGAGCAAACGGAGGAGACGUGGCAACCUACCCAAAGAGUCCGUGCAGAUUCUUCGGGACUGGCUUUAUGAGCACCGCUACAAUGCUUAUCCUUCAGAGCAAGAAAAAGUCCUGUUAUCCCGGCAAACACACCUCUCCACACUACAGGUCUGCAACUGGUUUAUCAACGCACGCCGCAGGCUCUUACCUGAUAUGCUGAGGAAGGACGGCAAAGACCCAAACCAGUUCACCAUCUCACGGCGAGGGACCAAGCUUCCCGAAGGCAGCAUGGUGGAGUCCUCCAUGGGCACAAAGAACUUCCUUCCCUUGCUGGAGGAGAGCCCCUUCCUUCCUGCCUCUGCCACUCUCAGCAAGACUGUGUCCUCUUCCAAGCCUGUGUCUCCUGGGUCUGUCCUGGCUCGGCCCUCGGUGAUUUGCCACACGACUGUGACUGCAUUGAAAGAUGCCCCUUUCCAUUUUUGUCAGCCAGCUGAUGUAGGCCAGACCACAGACCUGCAGCAGCCCCCGGCCAACGCCUUCACAGACAGCUCCCUCUCCUACCACGAGGAUGCCUCUAAACUGGGACCUGGUGCGAAUGCGCAAAGCGGGCUCUUUAACACUCCUCCUCCAACCCCACCAGACCUUAACCAGGAUUUUAGUGGAUUCCAGCUACUGGUGGAUGUUGCACUCAAGAGGGCGGCAGAGAUGGAGUUGCAGGCAAAACUCAUGGCCUAAAUCCCCUUCAUUCUCUUUCCUCAUUUUGUUUUUUAUCCAGGCAGGGAUCUAACAGCUGUGUGGUUAUUGCCACCCACACAAUAUCAAAAGACUUCACUGCAUUAUUAUUAUUUUUUUUUUAAUUAAUCUUAUUUGCACAAGGGAUUGCUGAAAUGAAGCUUCCUGUCACUGAGAUGGUCUUCAGUGGAAUAUGGUCAUUCCAAGAAUUAUAAACUUUAAAGCUACUGUAGAAAGAAAGGAUUGUGUGGGUUUUUUUGUUGUUGUUGUUGGUUGUUUUGUUGUUUUUUUUUUAAUAUUUUCUUUGUAGGUUUUUCAUAAUGUGAGAUGGUUCCCAAGAUCAUGUGAUUUGUUUUUUUUUUCUAUCAGACUGUGCAAUAUCUAGUAAUGAUAUAGAGCCUUCUUAUCAUUCCCACGCAGAACAGAAUAUACCGACGUGCUGUCUAAAAUAAAUUUUCAAUUUUUUUAACAAUAAGAA